UUGGUGGCGGUACUGCCCAAUGAGCAAGUUUGCCAACCGCCAAAAGUCUACAAGAAGAGAAAGAGCAGAAACAACACUUUCAAGAUGUCGUCGCUGAAUGACAGAUCAGUUUGGGAUGAAGUGGAGGAUGGCAUCGGCGAAGAAGUCCUUAAGAUGUCCACUGAGGAGAUUGUUCAGAGGACUCGUCUUUUGGACAGUGAGAUUAAGAUCAUGAAGAGUGAGGUUCUCCGUGUCACUCAUGAGCUGCAAGCCAUGAAAGACAAGAUCAAGGAGAACACAGAGAAGAUCAAAGUGAACAAGACUCUGCCCUACCUCGUCUCCAAUGUCAUAGAGCUGCUAGAUGUAGAUCCUAAUGACCAAGAGGAGGAUGGAGCCAAUAUUGAUCUGGACUCGCAGAGGAAGGGCAAGUGUGCCGUCAUCAAAACCUCCACGCGGCAGACCUAUUUCCUGCCUGUGAUUGGUUUGGUGGAUGCUGAGAAACUGAAACCUGGUGAUCUUGUGGGUGUGAAUAAAGACUCUUACCUGAUUUUGGAGACUUUGCCCACUGAGUAUGACUCUAGAGUUAAGGCCAUGGAAGUGGAUGAGAGGCCCACAGAGCAGUACAGCGACAUUGGUGGCCUUGACAAACAGAUUCAAGAGCUGGUGGAGGCAAUUGUUCUGCCCAUGAACCACAAAGAGAAGUUUGAGAAUCUGGGGAUCCAACCACCGAAGGGAGUUCUGAUGUACGGACCACCAGGCACAGGGAAGACGCUACUGGCCAGGGCCUGUGCAGCACAAACCAAGGCAACAUUUUUGAAGUUGGCUGGCCCUCAGCUGGUCCAGAUGUUUAUUGGUGAUGGUGCCAAACUGGUACGUGAUGCAUUUGCUCUUGCCAAGGAGAAAGCUCCCUCCAUCAUCUUCAUUGAUGAGCUGGAUGCUAUCGGCACCAAACGCUUUGACAGUGAGAAGGCCGGAGACAGAGAGGUGCAGAGGACCAUGCUGGAGCUACUCAAUCAGUUAGACGGCUUCCAGCCCAACAUGCAAGUGAAGGUGAUUGCUGCCACUAACAGGGUGGAUAUCCUUGACCCGGCUCUGCUGCGUUCAGGUCGUCUGGAUCGUAAGAUUGAGUUCCCCAUGCCCAACGAGGAAGCUCGUGCUCGCAUUAUGCAGAUCCACUCACGCAAGAUGAAUGUCUGUCCUGAUGUGAACUAUGAAGAGUUGGCCCGCUGUACUGAUGACUUCAAUGGGGCUCAAUGUAAAGCAGUUUGUGUUGAAGCUGGCAUGAUUGCUCUGCGCCGUGGGGCCACUGAACUUAACCAUGAGGACUAUAUGGAGGGCAUUCUGGAGGUGCAGGCGAAGAAGAAAGCCAAUCUGCAGUACUAUGCUUAACCCAGUAGAGGACUGUGUGUGUGUGUGUGUGUGUGUGGGAGCAUGAAAGAGGAUCAAGUACACUUGUAAACCUGUGCUACUGGGAUCCAUUACUGUUCUGCGUAAUUACCUGGUUCUGUUGGAGACUGAUCAACCAAAAUCAGAUUGGACUGCCUCACAGUGAUGACUUUCAGUUAAACUUUUUGUCUUUCAGUUCAUUAAACCUUUUUUCCAUUA